AGAGACGAAUGUGUACGGCCAAGAAGCAAUUUUUCUGCACGAAUGUUACAUUUUAAUUAAAUGAAUUUGGUUUGUUGGCUGAAUUUGCAAUUACUUGUACCAACGGGAGGUUUAUUUCAUCGUUUAUUAGGACUGGUGUACAAGCAGUAGGUACCUCACCCGUGCACUAUGUUUUAUGCACAUUUUGUGCUAAGCAAGAAAGGCCCAUUAGCCAGGAUAUGGCUGGCUGCUCAUUGGGACAAGAAGUUAACCAAGGCUCAUGUAUUUGAGACCAACGUGCCGUCAUGUGUGGACAGUAUUAUUCACCCAAAGGUGAAAAUGGCUUUAAGAACAUCCGGUCAUCUGCUGCUCGGUGUGGUACGUAUCCACAGCCGUAAAGCCAAGUAUCUACUAGCAGACUGUAAUGAAGCCUUCGUUAAAAUCAAGAUGGCCUUCAGGCCUGGAGUGGUCGAUCUGCCAGAGGAGAACCGUGAGGCUGCGUUUACUGCUAUCACAUUGCCAGAGGUCUUCCACGACUUUGACACAUCGGUGCCUGACCUCAAUGAUGCGGAGGUGCAGAAGCAAUUCACAUUGAAUCAGAGCCGAGUGGAAGAGAUAACAAUGAAGGAAGAUCUCGGAUCUAUUACGCUAGCACAGGAUGAUGGCUUUGGUGAUCUUGGUUUUGAUGAGCGUGAGAUAAUGCGAGAUGCUCAGCAGCAAGAGGAGUCUAUGUACAAAGCAUCUAGGGAUGAAUCCCAUCUCCUUAGUGAUGUAGAGAAAAGGAAAGACACAUCGCUGGAUACAUCAUUAGAGAAACCUAUGGACUUGGGUCUGGAUGAACCAAUGAAAGAUGAUGGGUUUGGUGGUGAUAUGGUCAUGGGAGAAGGACUGUUAGGUGGUGGGUUCAUGGAGACUGGAGGAGGUUUAUUCGAUGAGCAUCCGGAGCUACAAGCUGCUGAGGUUUCCAUGGGAACAGAUAGUGAUGCAAGAGAUAAACAAACACCAGUGCAGCUUCAUCCUGAUAAAGUUACAGAGCAAGAACCACAGCCAGCUGAGAUGACAGAGCAUCAAGCACCAGCUGAUCAAACAACACUUGUACCUAAUGAAGAAGAAGCUUUUGCAUUGGAACCUAUUGAUAUUACUGCUGGUGUCAAAGAAACGAGGCAACGGCGCAAACGUAAGCUCGUCGUUGAUGAAAUCAAAGAGCUUGCAGGCGAUCUUAUCAAAUCCCAAUUGAAAGACACAUCGGACAUUGUAUCGACCCUUGACCUUGCUCCGCCUACCAAGAAGUUGAUGUUAUGGAAAGAGACCGGUGGGGCAGAGAAGUUGUUUGGUCUACCUGGCAGGCAUUCUAAUGCGGAUCACAUUAUCAAGAUCUUCACCAAGAACCUGACGCCUGACAUCCCUAAGGAUCUACGUACUCACCAAGAAGAUUUCUUAGACUUGGAAGAACCAGAGAGAAUGAGAGAUGACCCUCUUUCACAAAGUGUUGCAGUACCAGAGCAAGAUUCCACCCUAGUAGAGGACCAACAAGCACGAGCCCAACGUGAGGCCAGUACAUCUAAGCUUCCUGAUCUAUCAUUGAUGUCAGUCAGAAGAGCCUCUGUUUCCAGCGGUGAGGAUGAUUACGAUGCUGGGGAUGAUCUCUUCGGUCCGGAGUACGAUGAUGAUUAUGAUAUUCCAUCAGUCAUGCCUCAGUCUGUCGGACCUCAACAAUCCCAAGAAGAAGAGGAAGAAGAAGAAGAGAUCGAGGAGCGUGAGGGUGAGAACACUGAAGAGAGAGAAGAGAGGAUCUUAAACAAGCGUGCUCAUCAAAUGCUGACAACACUCCGUAGCCGCUUCAUGAAAGAAGACACGUUAACCUUCUUCGAGCUUACCAGGAAGCAGAAUCGCAAACAAGUCGCCGCUAAGUUCUAUACUCUACUCGUUCUCAAGAAACAACAAGCUAUUGAGGUUCAACAGCAAAGCACGUUUGCGGAUAUUAGCAUCAUCCCCGGACCGGCGUUUAACACGAUCUACUAAUUUGAAUGAAGUAAACAUCAAACAAAUACAUACGAGCCUGUCCAAGAUUGUACUAAUUGGACCGUGGCCCAAUUUCAUAAAGCUGUUCAGCAGAAGACAAAUUUCUUGAUAAGCAAAAAUUGAGUUGGGCACCAGCCUUAACAAUGCAAACCUAAUGUAAUUCGGGCUGGUAACCUGUUUCUUCUUAGCAAUACUGUGCUGUGCUUAGUAAAUUUUAGUGCUUACAGAUUGUAUGAAAUUGGGGGCUAUUCUUGUAUUAAGGCUGAUUAGCAUAAAAUGAAAGCUGCUGUGUUAAACCAGCUGUGGGGAUCUUACUGUUUUGGCUCGUUAAUAACUUAACAAUGUUUUUCUGCCUACCAGCUUUUAUGAAAUCGGGCUGGCGCCAUUUGUUACCUACGUCUGCUCCAAUUUGGGUCCAAUUUGCAAUUAUAGGAAAUGUGCAGGACUUCCAAGCAACUACACAGGGUUGGCACUGCUUCCACCAAUGGCUACGAUUAUUUGUUAAAUGACAGCCAUUCCAAAAAGGUGUUUUCUUUCAGAAUCCUUUGGUAUUUUGUUGAGAAGAAAAUUUUUCUUAGAAAGAAAUAGAACGCGUUGCUGAAUUUCAACAAUUUUCUGAACUGAGAAAAGAGGCGGACCUACUUCCCCCUUUAAUUGUUCUCCAGACUAUGAAAAAUAUCGGCCAGGAAGACAUGAUCUCCAUUAUUUAUUGAAUACUUUUAUACUAUUGUAGUUUUUAAUUUAAACCAUGAUUUCAGUUUUGUACAUCAUCGUGAUCAAAGUUCUUUUGAAGAACUGUUAUGCGACUGAUAAUGAAAAAUUGUUCCUUUUUUUUUCUUACUGCUUUUUAAAAUUUCAUUUUUCGAUAGUUGUGAACUAAACUGGGUGCAGAUUCGACCGCAGUGUUAUGUGAUAGAAGUUUUGUCAUUUUACUACAGUUUUAGCAUUGGGUUAUAAUGUUUUCAAUCUCCUACAUUAGCUUGCCUUUUAAAGAACUUUUACUCGUGAUGUUUUGGUUAUUUGUUCAACUUGAGUACAGUAUGUUACUGGUGUUACGUACGGAAAUUUCAAAUAAUUUGUCUUAAACUAAAAAGGGAAUAUUUUUGUAGUGAUCGAAAUUAUUAAUUGAGGAAAAAACAAGUCAGAUUGUUAGUUUUUAUUCCACUACAUAAUAAGUACAUAGAUGAGACUCCUGCCAUUAGUGUAUAACUGUAGCUUGGAUACUUAUAUGUAAUGUUAAACGAACACGUUGCCUUGGAUCGGUCGAGUUGGUCUUUCAAAAGCGUUUGUAACCGCUUGUAAGAGCUUGUUAUAAAA